AAGGCUUGCUUUUGUCCAAGGGAAAGUGGGAUCUGUUACUCAAGUAAUAAUCAAGGUUGGAAUGACUGGUUUUACAAUUCAUAUCCAAUUUUAUUAUUAAUUUCAUUUCAUUUGUUUUCAAAUCAUUUUGUAUAAACAUCUUUUUAUCUCAGCUCCCUUCUUUAGGGAAUAGGUUGACCGAUGUCGACCGAAGCAUCUAUAAAUCUCCCCGAGGACAAUUCUGCUACCUCUGAAACUCGGAUUGAGUUGAGCUCAGAAGUAUCGACGCCAACCUCAUCUACAACCCUUCAAGCCCUUUCAGAGAGAGAAAUUAAACAAUGUUGGGUAUGUCUCCAGACUGAGGAUGAAAAAGGUGCUGAUAAUGAUUGGGUCCGACCAUGCCGGUGUAGAGGUUCCUCAAAAUAUGUACACCAGUCUUGUAUUCAAAUGUGGAUUGACGAAAAAAAGAAAUUCAAUUCAAAUGCUAAAGUAGUUUGUCCUCAGUGCCAAACUGAGUAUAUCUUAAUUUUUCCUCCUUUCACCUUUUCACCAAACCCAGAUGAACCUUUAACGUUAUACAACAAGGUUAAAAUUGUACAUUUUUCAGCUUUGGAUACGACGGAAGCUCAAUUCGAUGUGGACUUGUUUCUUAUUCAGAGUUGGUUCCUCAACAAAUCAGUUUGCCAAGGUUAUAGUGAUCUACACAACAAUUACUCAUUUAAAGCACCGUUGGUGGCAGUUGAUGGAGCUAUGACCAUCAUUGAAUAUGAUAUUCUGACCAAAAUACUGACCUAUCAAUGUAUGGUCAAAUUUAUGAGACGAUUGUCCAUCACAGUUGAAUGUAAACUUGAUUUCAGGCGUUUUCCAAAAGAUACACAAAUUUGUCCGAUUGAUUUAACUUCAGCUUUCUGGUCAAUGUCAACAUUACAUUAUAUUUGGGAUGAAAAUCCGAUUGAAUUUAGGCCUGAAGAUUUAGAUCAAAACAACUAUCGAGUCAACAUAACUGCAUCAUCACGGAUAGACACAGCAUAUGAUGGAAAGACUCGCAGUUGGUUGACAUUACAAUUUAAAUUUGACCGUAAAAUAAGUCAUUUUAUUCUGGAAAUCACAGUUCCUUCAAUAUUGAUAAUCAUCUCAGCUUAUUUCUCGUUCUUCAUCUCGAUUGAUACUGGAUCAGGUCGAUUUGCUUUCAGUGCAAGACCUUUGUUUAAUUUAAUUGUCCUCUACAGCAGUUAUAAGACAUAUUUACCACCAUUAUCAUAUGUAAAUGCUGGUGAUAUUUGGAUGCUUGGAAAUAUUUGCUUUGGCUUUUUUACAAUCAUAAUAGUUGCUUUCAACGUUCAUUUAGGACAAACCAAGAAGAUUAAAUCAACAGCUGCUAACAAUUCAAAUGCUAAUACACCAUCAGAAAUAUCAUUUGCUGUUGAUAACUUUACAAAUGCUAAUACAAAUAAUAAUUGUACUUCCUAUGGUCAAACACCAAUAAUCCCUUUGAGGCCGUCCAGCACUGCAAUAAGUAACCGUUCAGCACCGCUUUUCAUCAUUGGUAUUUUCUUUCAGGAACCGAUAGAUGAAAAUGCUGUAACAACUGAUUUUCCUUUCAAAAGCUACCUACCGAUGUCGACCGAAGCAUCUAUAAAUCUCCCCGAGGACAAUUCUGCUACCUCUGAAACUCGGAUUGAGUUGAGCUCAGAAGUAUCGACGCCAACCUCAUCUACAACCCUUCAAGCCCUUUCAGAGAGAGAAAUUAAACAAUGUUGGGUAUGUCUCCAGACUGAGGAUGAAAAAGGUGCUGAUAAUGAUUGGGUCCGACCAUGCCGGUGUAGAGGUUCCUCAAAAUAUGUACACCAGUCUUGUAUUCAAAUGUGGAUUGACGAAAAAAAGAAAUUCAAUUCAAAUGCUAAAGUAGUUUGUCCUCAGUGCCAAACUGAGUAUAUCUUAAUUUUUCCUCCUUUCAGUGGGUUUGUUUUAAUUUUGGAACGUUAUGAUGGAUUUUUGCUACAUGCAGCUCCAUAUGCUUUUGGUACCAUGUUACUUGGUUCCGUAUACUGGGUUGCCUUAUCAUACGGGGCUAUUACCGUUCUGCAGGUCAUGGGACUCCAAGAAGGAAAAACAACAUUAGAACAAGCAGACCCUUUCACGUUAUUAGCUUUUUUGCCAAGCAUACCUUUAUUUUUGGUCUUAGGUCGUUUCAUUAGCUGGCAAGAUCAAGUUCUUAAGAUUUGGCGUAGACAUCAUCGCCACAUUCCUUUUCUUAGUCGUAUUUUGGGCUCACCACCUCCAGGAACAGUUGAAAGAGCUGAACGUAUGCUUAACCAUCGUGAUCUUUUCUCUCACCCUUUAUAUUGGUACCGACAAGUUAGUGGAGCUUUACUCCUUCCUACUGUUUCCUCUUUCAUUGGUAAAUAUUUAUUCCCCGGAAUUGCAUCAAAUUUACAGCGAACAAUGCUCGGUGGCUUAACCUUCGUAGUCGCCAAAGGACUUCUCAAAAUUUAUCUACGACAACAGAGAUACAUCCAACAAUCUAAUCGAAGUAUCCUCGAUUAUUUUGAAAACUCUUCUUCGGCAACAAUAAUCAACCACAACUCAACCCAAACUGAAGUCAAUGAUGAUAAUUUGUAUUGAAGAAAAAUUUUGCGCGAUUUUGUAAAUUUCUGAAAAUAAAAAAAAAUAAAUCAAUCUAUCUUCCUUCACAAGCUCAUCUAUUGUAAACAAUCAAUCCUCAAUGACAAUAAAAAAAUUGAAAUUUCGUA